AGCAACGUCUUUCCUUCCCUUCAGUUGACUGAAGUGAUCACAGAGCUAAACUGAUUGUCUUUUAGAGACUAAAUGUAGAUUAUUUGGUGUCGUUUAAAGGUCAAGACGGAUAAUUGUACAUUUCUCUUAGCCAACUUCCUUUUGAUUAAGUUAUUAAAAAGAAACAUACGCGUUCCUAAGAAUUUGUUUUAUUUCUAUUUGUUUGUUCCUUUAUUUUUUUAAUCUUAAAUAAAUUGAAUUUUGUAUAUGAUUUGGUUGUUUAUAACACCAAACCGCAAGUUGACCCACCCAGAGGUUGCUAUUGCCAUACAUACAUUACUGAAAUACUGUGCCGGUAAGGAAAAAAUUGUAACAAUAUUUGCCCGCUCUUAUUAAACAGUAGACGGCUUACAGAAGAUAAUACAAUAUGGGAGAACGUUUGCAUGGCUGGCCUUCUGAUAGAAUUGGAAAAGAUGUAUCUGCACUUUAUACGCAGAGGGCUCCGGCUAUCCACCCGCAGCUUUAUCAACAGCCCCCUCCCAAUGCUUUGUUAAGCGGCUCUACGGUUACUGAUUACAACAGCAUGACCGAUAUUGGACAGCGAUUCUAUAUUGGAAGCAGUGGGCUCCCACAUUACACACCAGCGCCCGUUACCAUGCCUACUGGCAGUAGCUCUUCCUGCUGUCGUCGAACCCGUUACAUGCCCUACAAUAUUAACCGCAACGAUGUUGAUCAAUCAGUGAGCACCCAUCUUCCUAAACAUCAACAGUCACAACAACAGAUUGUGGAGUCGCGCGCUUGCAGCUCCUCUAAUAUCUAUCACUACGUAACAAUGCACCAGCAGAAUGGAACUAUAAGCGAAAAGCAAACCAUGUCCUCGACAAUUUUCCCAAUCGCCUCCAGUAGAUCGUUCUGCCGUUCUGCUGUCAUCAUCAAUUCAGUUAAUAACGAAAAAACUCCGAUAGCCAUCAGUAAGUUUACGCCUUGCUCUAGUGUUGUCACCACCGUCGAGGCCAACGGAGUGGUGGGCGGCAAAGUCGGUAACGAAAACAACGGACGCAACUUUGCCAACGUCUCUGAUUUCGACGAUGCUGUGACUUUGCAGAUCACCAACUUGGAUUACUCGCUGGACGAGUCCAGUUUGCGUAGCUUCCUUAUGAAUCAGCUGAAACCGAUCACUCCGGUAGUGUCGCUUGUUUUCGAGGGAAGCUCGUAUGCUAAAGUUACUGUUCCUGAUCUUUAUUUUGCCAAGCAGGUCGUCUCGAAUUUACACCGCAAAAAGAUUGGACAUAAGCGAAUGUUGGUCAGCUAUACGCGCGAUUCCUCCACAACCGAGGUUAAUACACUUCGUUGCCAGGUUGCUGGACUGCUAAAGGAUGUCCCGUACUAUACAUUGCCCAUGUAUAAGUUUCGAGAACUUUUUCAGUCGCGCUUCAAAACAUCAAUAAGUGUAUUGGAUUUAUAUAAAAUGCAGGAUAUCUGUACUAUUAAUUCGGACAACAAGGAGGAAAAGUUUAUUAGUUUGCAGCCUGAGCUUGUGAAUACAUUAGAAAGUUCGCCCUUAAUGGAAGGACUGCAACACAGCGUUCCCUAUUGCACGGUACAUUUCAAAAGAGAGCAGCAUAAAGGAUGGGCCGAACAGGACUUAGAGCCUCUGCCCAAUGUGUGCAUGAAAAUUUCCGAGAUCCAGAAGCUUAUCUAUCCGUUGCUUAAGCUGCACCCUGGAGACAUUCCAGUGGCAACCCUAAUCCAUUGCAUUGAAGGUCAACUAAAAGUGUCGAUAGUGGCAAACGAUAGCGGCAUCAACCUGGAGCACUUGGUAUGCUGUGUCCAGGGCAUUCAGGUUCAAAUGAACAACUUCGGCAUUAAAAUUCUAGGCUGGCUAGAACUGAACAAGGAAUUAAAGCCGUCAUCGUCAAUGGAAUCAAUUAACUGCAGCUAUAAUAAUAACUCAAGCAAUCUGAGUGUUUGCGAUCGGAGCAACUACUUUAAAAACUCAGCGGCCGAUCCAUUAUACCAGAUCUCACGUGAGGUUAUUGAGCUUGUUAAGAUGUCACCCAAAUCUACCAUUAAGUUUAAUCGUUUUAUACCGGCCUACCACAACCAUUUCGGAAAGCAAUGUCGAGUGGCUGAUUACGGCUAUACCAAGCUAAUCGAGUUGUUCGAGGCGCUGUCAUCUGUCGUACAAAUUAUGGGUGACGGAGAAUAUCGUCAAAUCACACUCACCCACCGAACUCAGAUACGUAGAUUCACCUCCGAUCUGUUUCGUGUUUUGCGUGCUACUGGUAACAAUUCUCUAUUACUAUCUCAACUACCAGUUACUUUUAGUCAAACCCAAAAUCGCAAUUUCGACGUUACAGAUUAUGGCGUUUGCGACAUUGUGGAUAUCCUAGAUAGUCUUGUCAACUCAAAUAUCGUCGUCUUAAACCCUGUUAAUAAUGGCAAAGAUAUACUUAUAUCAAUGCCAAAGCGUAAGCAAACGAGUAGUGAAUUGGAAAAAACCUUUCUUUUUGCCGGCGAAAUGGUGGAGCUUUUUCAAAACGCUCUUCAAUACACUAUUCUUUUUCAAAAGUUCGUACGGUCUUACCACUACCAUUUUGGCUAUCAAUGUCGACUCAGUGACUACGGUUUCCUGAAAUUAGCGGAUCUUUUGGACGCCAUUCAUGGUUUGGUAGACAUGGAGGUGACCAAUGAUGAGGACAAGAAAAUAGUGCUCUCGCCGACUAUAGCUAGACGUGUCUUUGCGGAGCAAUGCGAAAAGCUUAUAAACAACUCAACUGGUAACUUUACUAACUGCAUGAAAUUAGAUCAAGUUCUGAAGCUGCACAAAAAAAAGUAUGGCUAUCAAAUUCAGCCUCAGACUCUUGGGGUAUCUUCCAACAUGGUCAAGGCAGUUGAGAUGCUACCAUACGUAGAGGUGAAACAAAAAGACCACGAAACUUGGCUCAUUUGUCACAAUAAAAAUAUAGACUUCCGUAUUAUUUGCUACCGGGCAUGCAAGCUUCUUCUUCAAGAGCAGAAACCCUAUCAUUCUUCAGAUGCGGGAGAACCUCCCUUGCUAGUGAUAUCUGAUUCUACCAGACCGUGUUCCGUCGCAACAUUUUUAAACGACAUUAACGCUAAGCUUAAAGUACAGCUCACCAAAUCAGCUCUUUUAGCUAUGCGACAUUUGAUUGAGAUAUACAAUGACCCCGAUACUGAGACCCAGUGUGUUCGCCUUACUGCUUUUAUGAAAUUCUUAAUGAAUAUUGUGCGUUUGCUUGAACAGCGUCCUAAUAUGUACGUGUAUGAGAUUAGGGGCGCUCUGGAAUGUAGCCUCACCACCACAUUUGAAUUUGGGUUUCCCAACCUAUACUCCCUCGUUGCCGCCUAUGAUGAUAUCUUUACAAUUAACAAUGGCCCAACACAAGAAAGAAGUGAUGUGACUCUAACUGUCAACUGUGAGCUACGCCUAAGUAACCAUCAGAAUUUGUUUGGUUCGGUAAAGUUGCCAUAUGCAAAGCCUAGAACCCAGCAACAUAGUUUAAGUACUUUCUUGGGAGAGCAUAGGCGACCUUUCUACAGUCAGGCGCCACCGCCAUACAAAAUCCGCGCGAUAGUUAAUGAGAUCGCCCAUGAGACCGUGUCCAGCUUGCCCUUUAAGGCAGAGGUGAACAACUUGCACACAUUCCAAGAGUCUGGAGGAAUGAUGCUUGCGCCAGAUAGACAUUCACCACCGAGUACCAACUCAUCGUCGCUAAGUAGCCUUGAAUCCUGUCGUGGCACCUAUAGUUUGUGCAACAACUGGUGCUACAAGGAGAACUCAAUGAAUGACUCAUCUCUUAGGCUUUUCAACAGUUCCUUUAACUCAUCUGGAGAGCUAAACGCUAGUUUAGGGGCUGGCGACUUGACCAAUAUAACGUCAAGCUCUGCUAUUAUGGCUGACGUAGCACUAGAUGAGCAUUCAUCAUCAAAACUCUGGAAUCGGCGUCAAGCUAGCCUUUAUCAGCAACCAAUACAUAAUCAGAUUCAAGUGCAACCUCGAGGUCAUCAUUCGGGAAGUGGCACUACGGAACUUUACGAAUCGAUAAGAUCUGCAAAUGAGUCACAAAUUAUUAAUACGGCACCACCUGAGAAAAUACCUUUUUGGAUCGAUCCUAUUUGGAACAAUCGAUCAGAGCCUCAGCCGAGCAACAAUAUACUUAAUAUCCGUCUUCCUGAACUUAAGUCAUCGCACAAUGUCAUCCCAACAAUGCUCCUCUCCCCGUAUACCAUUUCAAAAAAUGAAAAUUUGAAGCGUAAACUUUUUAACUUCGAUAACCAUGAUCGUAAUAUAGCUUAAUAUCGCAUCCAUCAUCUCUUUGUAUCUGUUAAUAAUUUCUCCAAAUGUACAGAAACAAAAACGAUAUUUUUAAAGUUAUUUUAUUAAACAAGUGU